AUGAAUUGCCUUCGCCUCGUUCGGCUAAAUCCUCUCCAUUCGACAUUAUCAAGACUAGGCACUGUGAAAUUUAUAUCGCAUCAUCCAUUCAAAUUUACGGAAAGUCAAGAGAAAUGGAGACAAAUAGAUCAAAUGCCAGACAAAUGGGACCUCAUAUAUAAAGCACCUAUGGGGACAGUCCUUAAUUUUUCAUCGGCAUAUUUGACAGCGUCGUCGGCAAUCCUAUCUGCUGGUGCAAUUUAUUACUCUUUGUUUAAAUUUGAUAUUACAAAACUUAACGAUCCGAUCAUAAUCGGAGACGACGUCGUUAUCGCAAACAAUAUGUAUGAAAGUUUAAUAUACGUCGGUGCAUACAUUAUGUUCCAUGUUGCACUGAAGAUCUUACUUUCAAAAUUCGUUGUACGUCUAUAUAAAAAUGGUGACGAAUAUACAGCUGUUUAUAGAGGAAAUUGGUUCAAUAGUAUAUCGAAACAUAGAUUCCAUCUAGACGAAUUCAAGAAGUUGAAUCCAACAUUAGUUGUAUCCUGGGGUGAAGCGAGAUAUGCACUCGGCAAAAGACAUGGAAUUCUACUGGACAACUAUUUCAAAUCACCAGAAUAUUUAAACUACUUAAUUACUAAGAAUAAAAUAGGAUAA